AUGGAUGUGAUGACAGAGGAAGUGCGUGAAGAGCCAGCACAGUGCAUACUGUAUGCCGAUGACAUCGUGUUGGUGGCGGAGACGAAGCAGGAGCUACAGAGGAAGAUGGAAGGAUGGAGAACUGCAUUGGAGAGUAGAGGGCUGAAGAUAAGCAGGAAAAAGACAGAGUAUUUCACAACGGACACAGAAGGAGAUCAACAGUCAACGAUACAAACAGAUGGAUUGAACCUGAAGAGAGUGGACCACUUUAAGUAUUUGGGAGCGAUGGUUGAGGAAGAUGGCAGCAUGGGAAGAGAGAUUAAACACCGAAUUCAAUGUGGUUGUAAUAAUUGGAGAAAGGUUUCGGGAGUGAUCUGCGACAAGAGAGUACCUGUAAAGUUGAAGGGAAAGGUACAUAAGUCUGUGGUCAGACCAGCUAUGACCUAUGGUUUAGAAACUACACCACUGAGAAAAGUCAAGGAAAGAAAACUGGAUGUUGUUGAAAUGAAAAUGCACAGAUGGAUGGUGGGGGUAACAAAGAUGGACUGCAUAAGGAGUAACUAUAUAAGAGGAUCACUUAGGGUAACAGAAAUAUCAAAGAAUGUUCAGGAAUCAAGACUGCGAUGGUAUGGACACCUGCUAAGAAGAAACGAAGAUCAUAGAGGGUGUGAUAUAGCCAUAAUUCAUGCUCCGGCAAAAGCAAUAUUGGUGAAAUAA